CCCUUCUCCUCUACUACUUUGCUUCCCUUUCUCUCUCUCUCUCUCUCUCUCUCUCUCUCUCUCUCUCUCUCUCUAACAUUAGCAUAAAUCAAGCAAAGUAAAAGGGGAGUGACCAAAUUAAGAAAAGAAAAAGACUUGCAAGAUCUGGCAGGAGCUAGGGUUAUUGAGUUUUUUUUGGUCAUAUGGGCUCUGCAGGAAACCAAAAUCCAUGGGCAACAUAUGACACAUACAAAGAUUGUUCCCAAGGGAUUUGCAGCAUCUACUGCCCUCAGUGGUGCUAUAUCGUUGGUCCUCCACCUGCAUUUGAUUUGGCCGAAACCGAUGAUCAAAACCAACAAGACUCUCCAACAGAUCUCUCUCCUCUCAUUAUAGCAAUCAUUGGCAUCUUUGCUAGUGCCUUCAUUCUAGUCACUUACUACACCAUCAUAACCAGAUACUGCCGGCGAAGAGGCAGUGAUGGCGCUCGAGACAUGGAAAUGGACAGCUCGAAUCCAAACCUAGUUAGUGAAUCGAUGCCAGGCUCAAAUAACGGUCUGGAUGAGUCCCUGAUCAAGUCCAUCACGGUUCACAAGUACAAGAAAGGUGAUAUGCUUGUGGAAGGCACCGAUUGCUCGGUUUGCUUAAGUGAGUUUGAAGAAAAUGAGAGCCUGAGGCUGUUGCCAAAAUGUAACCAUGCUUUCCAUGUUCCUUGCAUUGAUACUUGGCUCAAAUCUCAUUCUAGUUGUCCGCUGUGCCGGUCGAACAUUGCUGCUCCUGCCAUUGCUUUGGUGCCUCAUCAACAACAAGCGGUGCCUCCGGUCGAUGGAAAUCAACAGGAGGAGGUGAACGCGUCUGCUUCGGAAUACCAACACAGGAGUAAUGUAAGUAUUUUGGUGGUUCAAGAUAAUUCGGACGAGGUUGUUGGUCAGUUGGAGAGUAGAGUGAGCAGUUGUGAGAUUGGACAAGAUCAUGGGAUCCAGCAGCAAUUGAGGAGAUCAGUUUCCAUUGCUGAUGUGUUGCAUUUGCAUGAUAGUGAAGAUGAUGACGAGGACUUGGAAAAUCAGAUGGGAAGUGCCCAAUUUUAUAGCGAAAAUCUUCAAUUUUCCAUGGAAAUUGGAUCAUCAAAAGGAGUUGAUCAAGAACAGAAUUCCAAAUCCAGUAACAACCCUAGAAGUAGUGGAGUUUUCAGCUUGGUAAAGGGUCCUCUGGUACUGAAGAGAUCAAGUUCAACAGGGCGAUUAGUGUUGUCAAGGUAUGGAAAGGAAAAGAAUUCUAUAAUUCCUAAUUGAAACCAUUAAUUGUUUCCCCCUUUCCAAAAUUAGUGUGAAAACCCCACAAUUUCUUCUUUUGCUUUUGUAUCAUAUUAUAUACACAAAAGGAGAGAUCAUGCAUAAAAAUAUGAUACUAACUGAUUUGAUCUAAUGGAAUAAAUUCUCCGUUUUAUCCGAUAA